AUGAUGAAAACUAGCAUCGUAAUAGGGAAACGGUACGAGCUGGGGAGCGUUUGCCAGAAGACAGCUCAUGGGUUUCUAUAUUUAGCUGUUGAUCGGUAUACUUAUAGACCGUGUGUGUGUAAGAGAUUGAUUUACUCAAAGCUCUCACUCUCGUUGCUCUCGCAGUUGCACUUGAAUAUAUCACUGACGCGCACACUUAGACAUCCAAAUUUGAUGGAAUAUUUGGAGAUAGCUGAGGGAGACUCUAUAGGUUCAUCGUUUUUGGUCAUGAAGGACAUGCGCACAGAUAGUUUAAAGAUGCACCAACGGUUACGUUUUGGAACAGGAAGCUAUCAGCUCCCUACAUUUUCCAGCCCAAGUAAGCAGACCUUUUGGCUCGUCCUGAUGCAAUUGGCGGAACUUCUUGCUUAUCUUCAUAGUCCGUCUAAGAGAAAUGCACCGGACAUCAGUACAGUCAUUCUGCGCUCUCUAGACCCUGCUGGCAUUUAUCUGGAUAAUCUGGGAGUGGUAACGGUGGCACAGAUACGAAUGUCCAAAUACAUUGAAACGAAUAACGUUGAUUGCCAGUCUGCAAAUACCGCCCGCUACCUUUCUCCAGAGAUCUUGAUGGGUAAGCAAGCUACGUGGGCUUCAGACAUCUGGUCCUUAGGAUGCUUCAUGUAUGAGUUCUAUCUCGGAGUGCCGUACAUUCAAGGGACGUGCUUGUCAGAGAUUCUACACUCCAUCUCAGCACCGCCCUCCUUCAAAAGUGACCCUCUACUGACCGGUAAAGAUGCCAAUAUAAUCUCGCUUCUUUCUCAGAUGCUUGCUCCAGAGCCUAGCCAGCGUAUCUAUGCAAAGCAAAUCUUGAAGCUGAAUACAGUCUGCGAUAUAUGGAGAACGUAUAGGCGGGUCAUUUCUCAUAACGAAGCACUACGGAAGACACAACCUGCUCAAUCUCCAAUGCUCUCCAGUGAGAUCCAACAUGAUCUUCUUUGUGUUUGUGGGAAGCCAGUGGGAAACUGCUGUACGUUAAAUCGAGAGCUGGUGUCCCAGUUUGGGCUAACAUCAUCAGAAAGGUCAAAGCGUAUCCCCACAGUGUCGUCUGAACAUGGUACGUCGUCGAUACUAACUGCUCCAGGGACAAUUCUUGCCGACUAA